AUGAUACGUCCUGAGAGCCCCUCACUCCUCUCACCAGCCAACUAUGAUGGCGAUGCCGCUUCACUGCGGUCGCCAUCCGAGCUAGACUCCGACUCCGAAGACGACGAGUUCCUUCGCCAACCCCGCAGCACCCUAGAACUCUCCAAACACGAUCGCGCCGUACUCGACGAUGAAGAUGAGUUAGAGAAGCUGUUGACCCGACGGGGCUCAGGAAUACGCAGGAUGUUCAGUCCGAACGGGAAUAGUGUGCGGAUUGGCAAGAAGGAACGCCGACGGUCACGGAGGGAAGCUCGGCUAUCGCGUCGGGAGAGAGUCAGUGAGGAAGGCGAGCUGAUGUAUGAGAUGGAAGAAGGAUUGGGAGAUCAUGAGUCUAUUGGUGGAUCGGAGCUCGAUUUGGACGAGGAUUUCAUCUAUGAGCCGCAAUCCAGAUUAUCAUGGUGUAGAUACCUGUUUGUUGUGACUCUGAUUCUCGUCCUAUUUCUCAUCCUUCUCCUUGGUGCAUACAAAGCAUCCGGCAACUAUCGAGCGUUGCGACUAAAACACGCACCCUUGCUGUCCAAUGGCACAGCACUCUUUGCGCCUACGACUCUCCUCAUUUCACUGGAUGGCUUUCGAGCGGACUUUCUCGAUCGCGGUCUGACCCCAUCAUUGAAUUCGCUGGUGGCUAACGGCAUCUCACCACAAUAUAUGAACCCAAGUUUUCCUAGCGUAACCUUCCCGAACCACUUCACUCUAGUCACAGGGCUAUAUCCUGAAAGUCAUGGGGUGGUGGGCAAUACAUUUUGGGACCCAGAGCUCGAUGAGGAGUUUUCUAUCCAACUGAUCACACCAAAGUGGUGGAAGGCCGAGCCUUUGUGGGUGACGGCAGAGAAACAGGGAGUGAAAAGUGGCAUUCACAUGUGGCCCGGUUCUGAGGUGCGUUUUGAGGAUAAAGAUCGGCAUUAUGUGGAUAAGUAUAAUGGCACGGAGGUCUUAAACCGCAAGGUCGAUCGCGUUCUCGAACUGCUCGAUAGACCCGGCCUAGAAGAUGGCUCGACAGAACGUCCACAGUUCAUCGCCGCCUAUGUCCCGAAUGUAGAUAGGGACGGCCACAACUUUGGACCGAACAGUACCGAAAUCGAACAGACAAUCUUACAAGCAGAUGAGAUGAUUGGAGGCAUUAUAGCUGGCCUUCAAAGCCGGAACCUCACCGACGUGGUGAACCUUGUCGUUCUGUCGGAUCACGGAAUGGUCACCACGUCGAACGAACGUCUUGUGCAGCUGGAUGAUAUAAUUGAUCUCAGUCUUGUAGCUCAUCUUGACGGAUGGCCUUCCCGUGGCAUUCGGCCAAAGCGGCCCGAGGAUCUGGCGACAUUGCAAGCACAGUUGGAGAAAGUGGCGUCAGAGUACGCUCACGCGAUUGAAAUUUAUACUCUGGAUACCAUGCCAGAGCGCUACCAUUUCACUCAAAACGACCGCAUUGCACCGUUAUGGGUCAUCCCCAAGGCAGGAUGGGCGAUCGUUGAAAGACCCGAGUUUGAUAAACAGAAAGCUUUGGAAACGGGUGAGAUCUAUCACCCGAGAGGUAUCCACGGAUAUGACCACGAGCACCCACUGAUGCGCGCUAUCUUCAUUGCUCGUGGACCAUCAUUCCCACAUACCCCUAACAGUCGGCUGGAGAAUUUCCAGAACAUCGAGGUGUACAACAUCCUCUGUGAUUCAUUAGGAAUCACCCCACUUCCAAACAACGGCACUCUCCGUCUACCACUCAAGCCAGUUGGCCUCCACUCAGAUAGCAAUGCACCAGUAUUGGAAAUACCAUCAGAUCCACCGACUCCCACUCCCUCAACAGUGGAAGUCCCAGAGCCAACAAGUCCAGCCUCCGAUGCACCAGAACAGCCAGCAGACCCUAGCAGCGAAGAUCAACCAGCCACGGAUCCUAGUGAGGGUGAGAAAGCCCAUUCGACCUGGUGGAGCACUCUCUGGAAUAAGGUGGACGAGUGGAAGGAGUGGGCAGGCGAAGUGUUCUCGGCGGAGAAGGACAAUCACCCGGCACAGUAG